GCACGUGGGGACACGGCCCCGGCCCCGCGGCAGCGCGCUGCCUGGCGCAGGGACGGGGCUGGCACGGCACGCAGCCACGAGAGGCGGGCACGCAGCGGGGGGAAGGAUGCUCCCCGCCGGCACGAGCUCCCAGCCGGCUGCCUGCGUGCCUGGAGAAGGGAGAGGGCCUGCAGGCUCCGUGCCCGAACCCUAAAGCAGAUGGAUUUGCCCUGCAGAGUGGCACAAAGCCCUGCGCCGUGUGAGCUGGGGGUCUGACACUGCUGCUCGGUGCCGGAGCAAUGAGCCAUCGCCACACGGGCACGCGGCCGUCACCCGGGGGAGGUCUCAAAGCCUCCCUUUGCUGUCCCUCUGCCCUGGCAGCCGACUUUUGGGGCAGUUGGAGCUCUCGCCACGCCAUGCGGGGAUGGCAGCGGGUGGCGGCGUCCUGCUGAGCUGACCCCGGCCAUGCGCCCGACCCGCUGCCUUCGCCCACCUCCUGCACGGGGACAGCGGGGAGCUCGGCGAGCAGGGCAGGGCUGCCCAGGACCCCUCAGCACCCCCAGCCCCAGGAGGAAGAUGGAGCAUGAUGGCGUGAUGGGGACUUGUGAGGGCCAAGGCGCAUCGCCAGCAUGCUGUGGGGCGGCACGCUGAGCUCGGGGCCCCGCCGUUCGCCCCCCAGCCCUCCGGCUUCGGGGCGCUUCGAGCAGGUGGACCAGCCCCCGCUCUGCUGAUCAUGGUCAACAAGACCUUAACCUACUGGGGUCCCGGCUUCGAGGAGGACGUUAUCAACAUCAACGUGGGGGGGCUGAGGCGGCGGCUCAGCUCCAGCGCCCUCUCCAAGUUCCCCGACACCCGCCUGGGGCGCCUGCUCUCCUGUGACUCGGAGGAGUCCAUCCUGCAGCUCUGCGAUGACUACGACGUGAGCGCCAGGGAGUUCUACUUCGACAGAAACCCCGGCUUCUUCCUCUACGUGCUCCACUUCUACCAGACGGGGAAGCUGCACGUCAUGGAGGAGCUCUGCGUCUUCUCCUUCUGCCAGGAGAUCGAGUACUGGGGCAUCAACGAGUUCUUCCUGGACUCCUGCUGCAGCUACCGCUACCACGAGCGCAAGCUGGAGGGCCGGCACCACAACUGGGACGAGGAGAGCGAGGUGAGCAGCGUGGACACGUCCCCGGACGAGAUCUCCGACAUCAACCACGAGCUGCUGCGCUACAGCACGCUGCGCUGCGGCAACGUGCGCAAGCGCCUCUGGCUCACCAUGGAGAACCCCGGCUACUCCAUCCCCAGCAAGCUCUUCAGCUUCGUGUCCAUCAGCGUGGUGCUGGUCUCCAUCGCCACCAUGUGCAUCCACAGCAUGCCCGAGUACCAGGACGCGGACGAGGCCGGCAACGUGCUCGACGAAGCCGUCCUGCACAAACUGGAGUAUUUCUGCAUCUCCUGGUUCACCUUCGAGGUGUCCUCCCGCCUCCUGCUCUCCCCCAACCCCAAGAAGUUCUUCAAGCACCCCCUGAACCUGAUCGACAUCGUCUCGGUGCUGCCCUUCUACUUCACCCUCUUGGUGGACCUGACCAUGGGCAGCGACUCGGAGCUGGGCAACCUGGGCAAGGUGGUGCAGGUCUUUCGGCUCAUGAGGAUAUUCCGGGUGCUGAAGCUGGCUCGGCACUCCACGGGGCUGAGGUCCCUGGGGGCCACCUUGAAGCACAGCUACCGGGAGGUGGGCAUCCUGCUGCUCUACCUGGCCGUGGGGGUCUCCGUCUUCUCCGGCGUGGCCUACACCGCGGAGAAGGAGGAGGACGUCGGCUUCGACACCAUCCCGGCGUGCUGGUGGUGGGGCACGGUCAGCAUGACCACGGUGGGCUACGGCGACGUGGUGCCUGUCACCGUGGCGGGCAAGCUGGCCGCCUCGGGCUGCAUCCUGGGGGGCAUCCUGGUGGUGGCUCUGCCCAUCACCAUCAUCUUCAACAAGUUCUCCCACUUCUACCGCAAGCAGAAGGCGCUGGAGGCCGCCGUGAGGAACAGCGAGAAGAAAGACCCCGAGGACACGGAGAGCUGCUCCAGCCACGACCGGGACUCGGAGGCGCUGAGCGAAACCUCCCUGGGCAGAGGCAGCCCCGACCGCCGGGGUCUGACCCCCGGCACCCUGCCCGCCCCCUGAGCCCCCCGGGAUGUGGCGGAGGGGCCGGGCUUCCCCGUUUCCCAGCCCCACACAGGGGACAGGAGGGGCUGGGGACGGUGCCCACCGGCUGCUGCCAGCUCCAGGGCGGUGGGAGGCAGCAGCUGGGGUGGUUUGGAUGUGUCUCAGCUGGCCAUACCCCAGCCAGGGGACAGGAAGGGAGAGGGGAGAAAAGAAAUGUGGGUGACCCCAAACGGGCGCUGCCCUGGGUGCAUGAAGGGUGGUUGUCCUCCGUCCCAAAGUUGUGUGUCAUCUAGGGC